UGUUGUUUGAAGGCGGCCGGCGUCACUCAGCGCUUACAGUAGCGCUCGCUAAAGACGCCGGGCGCUAAUAGAAGCAGGCGAUAUUUCCUUUACGAGCUGUUCGCAGGACAAACACUGGGCUCCUUCAUUAGGCCGAGGCGAUCUGGGAAGAGACGGCGGGGGGAGGAUGCUAAAUUCUGCUCUAAUGUUGACGUCUGCAUUUCAUCAACACCCUUUUUUCUUUCGCCCCGUCUGUGCGUCGCCUAAUAGCCCAUGAGAUGAAGACUUUGUGCUGGCUUUGCACGUGACGGCCUGCCAGCUCGCUCAACCAACACUUCUCUCUCUCUCUCUCUCUCUCUGAAGCGAUUAAACAUGGCCGGGCCACAUGCUAACGGAUGUUUGGCCAGAAACGAGAGGAUCGCUACUGUAUCUGGCUUUCCACCAGCUCGUCGGAUCGCCUGCCAGACUUGUGAGGGCAGAGUUAGACCCACUUGCUGGAAUAAUAUUGAUUUAGUUGGAGGAACUACCUGAGAAUGUGGACGAGUGCGCAGAGGCCCUGGACAGCUGCAGUAUGGAUGCCAUCUGUCAGAACACCCUCAAGUCAUACAAAUGCAUUUGCAAAUCAGGAUACAAAGGCGACGGGAAGCACUGUGAAGAUAUCGAUGAGUGUGCCAGUGAGUAUAACGGAGGAUGCGUUCACGAGUGCAUCAACAUCCCCGGAAACUACCGGUGCACGUGCUACGACGGCUUUCGCUUGGCCCACGACGGACACAACUGCCUGGAUGUUGACGAGUGCGCGGAAGGAAACGGCGGAUGCCAGCAGGUCUGUGUGAACAUGAUGGGGAGUUACGAGUGCCGGUGCCGCGACGGGUUUCUGCUGUCCGACAACCAGCACACCUGCAUCCAGAGACCCAAAGUGCGUUUUAAUGGAACUAAAGACGUGCCCACCUGCAUGGAUAAAAAUCACGGCUGUGCCCACAUUUGCAGAGAGACACCCAAAGGAGGCAUCGCCUGUGAGUGCAGACCUGGAUUUCAGCUCACCAAGAACAACAGAGACUGUAAACUGACGUGUAACUAUGGUAACGGCGGCUGUCAGCACAUCUGUGAGGAGAUGGACCACGGGCCCCGGUGUUCGUGUCACAUGAAGUUUGCGCUUCACUCCGAUGGGAAGACCUGUGUAGAGGAAAGAAGUACCCCUCAUCAGCCACUGCAGCCAGAGCUGUUACCCAAUGAGACGUGUGCGGUUAAUAACGGAGGCUGUGACAGCACGUGUCAUGAUGCCGUGACUGGAGUUCGCUGCAGCUGCCCGGUGGGCUUCACCUUACAGCCGGACCGCAAGACCUGCAAAGACAUUGACGAAUGCCGUAUGAACAACGGUGGCUGUGACCAUGUGUGCAGAAACACGGUGGGCAGCUUCGAAUGCAGCUGUAAGAAAGGAUACAAACUUCUGACCAAUGAGAGGACGUGCCAAGAUAUAGAUGAGUGUUCAUUCGACCGGGCGUGUGACCACACUUGUGUGAACUCACCUGGAAGCUUCCAGUGCUACUGCCACAAAGGUUACGUCAUCUACGGCGUGGCUCACUGCGGAGAUAUUGAUGAGUGCAGCAUUAAUCGGGGUGGCUGUAAAUUCGGAUGCGUGAACACUCUGGGCAGUUACGAGUGUACCUGCCCUCCUGGUUACAAACUGCACUGGAACAGGAAGGACUGCAUCGAGAUCGUGAAAUGUACAUCCAAUCUGGUGGCCCCCAAAGCCACUCUUACUUGCAGUAAGAUGGGGAAAAAAGAAAGCUGCUCUCUCACGUGUGCAUCCAAAGCACAUUACCUAUCAGAGUCAGACAACAGCUAUUCUGUUAGCUGUGGAAUACCCAUUCUACGAGGUAAAUCUCAGAGCAGAUUAAAUGCAAGCAGCAUCCAGAGCUGCAUAGAGACUCAGGCUCCUCCAGUGAAGCAGACGACGUCCUUCCGGAUCAAGAACGCCAAAUGCCACCUGCACCCGAAGCAUAAGGGGAGGGCAGAGGACAACGGCAGACAGAUCGGGCCAGGUGGCCAGCCGUGCAACAACUGCCUGGUCACUUUCGUUAACCUGAAGUGCGAUUCUUCUAAGAAGGCCAAAGGUCGCCGGGCACGUAACCCGUCAAGCAAAGAGGUCACGCGCAUCACUCUGGAGCUGGAGGCUGAGGUCAAGCCAGGAGACGCCACUGGGAACUGUAACAUGAUGUGCCAAAGGCAGCGCAUGGAGCAGCAAAUGAAGUCUUACAUUAAAGCCCUGAAAAAAUCCAUUAACCAGGAGCGCUUCCUCAUCCGCGUGGCUGGGUUGGAGUACGAGGUAGCACAGAAGGUCCCACAAGCUGGACUGAGGCAGGAGAACUGUGGACCGGGCAGAGAAAAAGACAGCGGCCGCUGUGUCAGAUGUUUGCCUGGGUCAUACUACCAUGGGGAGCAGGAACGCUGCGUCCAGUGCCCGCCUGGAACAUUUCAGGAACGUGAAGGUCAGCUGGCCUGUGACCUUUGUCCUGGAGGAGACCGCCAUGGCCCGGCAGGAGCCCGCAACAUCACCUCAUGCGCAGGUCAAUGUCCGCCUGGUUAUUUCUCCAGCGAUGGCUUCAAGCCCUGUCAGCCGUGCCCUGUGGGAACGUACCAGCCCGACCCAGGACGAACACUCUGUUUCCCCUGUGGAGGUGGGCUCGGGACCAAAAGAGAGGGCGCCAGCUCCUUUAAUGACUGCGAGGUCAAAGUGCUGUGUUCUCCAGGUCACUAUUAUAACACCUCAGUCCACCGUUGCAUCCGCUGUCCUCAUGGAACCUACCAGGCCGAGUUCAGACAGAACUACUGCAUUUCCUGUCCCGGAAACACCACCACAGACUUCGACGGAGCCAUCAGUGUGUCUCAAUGCAAGAAUCGGGAAUGUGGGGGUGAAAUAGGAGAGUUCAUCGGGUACAUCGAGUCCCCAAACUAUCCAGGAAACUACCCAGCCAACGUGGAGUGUAUCUGGACGAUCAACCCUCCACACAAACGCAAGAUUCUGAUCGUGGUUCCGGAGAUCUUCCUGCCGUCUGAGGAUGAGUGUGGAGAUGUCCUAGUAAUGAGGAAGAACGGGUCAGCGACCUCAAUCACCACUUACGAAACAUGUCAGACGUAUGAGAGACCGAUCGCAUUUACAGCACGAUCGCGCCGCCUCUGGAUCAACUUUAAGUCCAACGACGUCAACAGUGCUCGCGGAUUCCAGAUCCCAUACGUCACUUACGAUGAAGACUAUGAGCAACUGGUUGAAGACAUCGUAAGAGAUGGAAGACUGUAUGCCUCUGAAAACCAUCAAGAAAUACUUAAGGAUAAAAAAUUGAUUAAAACCCUGUUCGACGUGCUGGCUCACCCAAACAAUUACUACAAGUACUCAACCCGGGACUCCACGGAGAUGCUCCCGCGUUCCUUCAUACGCCUCAUCCACAGCAAAGUCUCCGCCUUCCUGCGUCCGUACAAAUAGUCCCCGAAAGCGCCAUCUUCCUCCACGCACCUCCAGUCACCUGGCCUCGAGUCAACGGGAUCCUACACACACACACACACACACACACGCUCACACACAUUUUCAACGGCACACGCGCAACCACGCUAUGCAGACGUUUCACUUUACCGUUUUCUUUUCUUUUUCUUGUCAGUCAUCUCCGCGGGGGAGAAACAAAAAAACAAAAAAAAGCUUCCGUGUCGUCUAACGUGUAACGCAGUCGUGUCGAGCCAAACCGAAGUGUUUCCUUUCUCUACGUGUCGAUCGCCGUUCUGUGCUGUGUCGAUGUUUUUUUUUCGGUUCGGUGGUUUGCACGCUCGGCCCCGAGGACGUCCUGCAGACGGAUCUUCGGGUGGUUCCCACGCCCCCCGUUAAGAGCGACGUGAGAGAGUUUAAAACACGCCUGAUUGUGUUGUACGGACUAAAGAAAGUCGUAGCAUGUCAAAGAAAAGAAAAGCUAUUUGUCGAACUGGAGCUAGCUGUGAUCGUGCUUUUUAAAAAUAGGCUUUUUCCCAAGUUCCAGCACUCGUAAACUCGUAGUUCUCAAAAUAAAUGUACGAUCUUUUGUAUAUCUGUACUUUUAGCGUGCUCUUGGUAAGAUCUACUUCAUAUCAAGCAUUUCACAACGUUAAAGCAUUAUAUCUGAGCUCCUAGAGCGUACAUAUAAUCUCUAAAGGUCAUGCUGUUAAAACAGUAAUGUUUUAUUAAGGUCUGCCUGUUCGGAUUGUAUUAUUGCAUAUUCGUCUGUUUCCUAAUAUUCGAGUUAAUUUAACAGAAGAGGCAUAAGAGAGAUGUAGGUUAUUUGAAAGGCUCGCGUGACGAAAAGGUCACUCGGUAUUGUAAAAACACUCAGUUCUGUGAAGGUUUUUCCGCAGGACGUGCGAUUGCUGCUUCUUCAGAAACGUCACUUUAAGCCUUCGUUUUCUGCCUGAUGCGAACCAAGUCAUUUCCUACAGAGAAGAGCAGUCGAGGGGCCCCCCGGCUCUUUCACAGGCUGGAAGUAAUGUUUUCAUGACGCAGACGCGAAUCACUGAUAAACAGCAAACCACAGGUUGACGCGGAUGGACUCGAGUAAAUUUCAGGUCGAAGCGGCAGUGUUUCGAAUUCGUUUUGCACAUUACGUAGGACCCAAAGAGAGGCGGCGUUGGGGUUACAGAGGUUGGGUUUCACCGGACCGUGGUGAGAAGUGCCUGAAAUGCAAAGGAUAAACCUGUGGAUGUCGUCUUUUUAUGAGUGUUUCUUGUAUUGCUUGUGAACCCGUUAGCGUUCCUCACGAAUGUGUUCAUAGGUAAAGCCCUUCACGUAAAGUGAGAAAAGAAACCAGAAGGUCAAACCAUACCCGGCUUUGAUACGUAAACAGAAAAGGACUGGUCAAAAUGGUAGUUUGCUGUUCUCUUUUCUUUCUUUUUUUUGUAUAUUGUAAAUAUGAAAUAAACGUAGACUAAUUGGAGUCUGAGAGAUAAGUCCGAACGCAAGUCGUUGUAUUUACCGUUAUCUUCCGGUCCAAGGCUGACGCAAAAGAGGGUCAAUUCAAACGUUAAACUUCAUUGCCAGAUACGUACUCCAUGCAAGUAUGCAAACGCUCGGCCAAUGUGCUGCAAGCACACGGUUGUAUAUAAACGUGUUGCAUUCGUCUUCGGGACUUAAAGGAGGGGGGUAGUUACUUUUGAAAUUCAAUCAGAAAGCUACCUACGUUCAGGUAGUUCGCCUGAAAGUUCACGUUAACGCAAUUCUCAGAAUGCAAGACGACAGCAGCUCUUUAAAAUCAAGCUAAAUAUUUUUUGCAUUUACAUACUUGCGUAGAAGGUUUUCGGGAUUAUUUCUGUGCUGGAAAAAUAAUUUUUGCGGUAUCGACUUUGCUUUCCCCAUGGAGCCGAAUUCAUUUAACCGUAACGUUUUAACUAACGUUUAAUCCAUUUACAGACACACAUGGUUGGCCCACCUCAUUUUUUAUUUUAUUUUAUUUUUUUGGUUACGGACCGAAAAUGUUAACCCUUAAAGACUAUAUCGUAAAAAAUCCAGAACUAAAGAGAAUGGGAUGCGUGUGAUAUUCGCAAGGUUUAUUUUAUGAAGCAGUUAUUGACUUUUUAGGCAUUUUGUACAUUUGUCAGCUAUUACAUGGGUCGCUAAUAUAAUUGUUUAAAUGUAUAAAUAUGAUAGUAUAGAAAUAAAAAGAAAAAGGAAGAAAAAAAAAUUAAUAAAAGCUUGGAUUAACCCAAGAAGAAGUCAAAUGUCAAUGUUGCCCCAAUCGCAGAAACCAAAAUCACCGCCUACUACUAAACACGUCGCGUGUUGCAGCACUGCAAGCUGGAUAUUUCCGUGAAUAAAAGGGAUGGGUCAUAUGUGAAAUAGCCACAAUUGCCAUGAAAUGAAAAGUUUGUGGCAAAGUAGUCAAUGUUGUGUUGAAUGUUCACUAAAAGGAAUGCAGAGUAUUAGCUACUCUAACUAGUCAGUGUCAUCGGCGGUCUGUGACUGUCGCUUUAUUUUUUUAAUUUCCCCUUUGUCUUUGCUCUACCAGACCCAUAUCAAGCCAUGUUAAAUGUUUUGAUCGAUCCAUGUUGCUGGUUUGUUUUUUUUUGCCUUUUUUAUUAUUAUUUUCCCCAUUUUUCCAAGUGUCUUUGUUAGAGAGAACAUUACUUUGCCACAAUGUUUCAUGGAAUGGGAAAUGGUAUUUGCACUUGAAAUUUGUUUAUGCUCAUGUAAAAAAAAAAAAAUGUCUGGAUUUUGUAUUGUCUUUUUAAAUGAAAGAAAUUGGUGUUCUUAAA